UGCAAUGUCAAACAAGCCCAAUGUCCAUGCUAAAACGAGUUAUAGCCACGAUGAGUCCUGUCUGUAUGACUACAGGCACAAAUCCCAUCAAUCGUUUUUUUCAAAGUUGCCGAAAUGCGACGUGCGUCCACUUAUAUCAGUGGAUUCGUAACAACCAUUACGACAUUUCUAUUCGAGCAAAUAAGCCUCACGUAGCAAAUUAUCAAUUACAUUUUUUGUUGACCAAAUUCGACACAUUGACCUCCAUACAAAUAUUCCUCACUUCGUGGGUUUAUUUUCGUGGACAGAUUUUGGGCGGAGUAAAACUAAAUCUCGCUUCGCCUCUUCCUCUCUGUCGAAACCCACGUUUGAAUGAGAUGGCCUUGGAUGCUGUGUCUCUAACGUGUUCUACGUAGCAUCAAAGAUUGGCAUUACAGUAGGAGCUGUACCAUAAUAAAGGAGGAACCCUUCUACAGGUAGUUCCAGAUCUCCAUCUCAAUGGCCCCACACCCAGUGGUCCAGGCCAUCAUUGACCUCUCAGCUGGAGCUAUAGGAGGUACAGCGUGUGUGCUGAGCGGUCAGCCCCUGGACACAGCCAAGGUGAAGAUGCAGACCUUCCCCUCCAUGUACCGAGGCUUCAUCCACUGCUUCUCCUCCACAUACAAACAGGUGGGUCUCCGAGGGCUCUACCAGGGUACCAGCCCAGCCCUGAUGGCCAACAUCGCUGAGAAUUCUGUCCUCUUCAUGAGCUACGGAUUCUGUCAGGAGGUGGUCCGCACAAUGGCAGGACUGGGAACUGAGGCGCCACUCAGUGACAUGCAAAAAGCGUGUGCUGGGUCGGUAGCAUCCAUCUUCUCCUCUCUGGUCCUCUGCCCUACUGAGCUGGUCAAGUGUCGUCUUCAAGCCAUGUACGAGAUGGAAGCGUCGGGCAAAAUCGCAAAGGGCCAAAACACAGUGUGGUCGGUGGCGAAGUCGGUGAUGAAGCAAAAUGGUCCUACAGGGUUUUUCACAGGCCUGACCACAACCAUCGCCAGAGAGGUGCCUGGGUACUUCUGCUUCUUCGGGGCCUACGAGCUCUGCCGAACCACCUUUGCUGACCACAUGAAGUGCAGCAAGGAAGACAUAGGAGUGGCCCCUAUUGUGUUCAGUGGGGGAUUCGGGGGUGCGUGCCUGUGGCUGGUGGUCUACCCCUUUGAUUGUGUCAAGUCUCGCAUCCAGGUCAUGUCAAUGAUGGGGCGCCAGGAAGGCUUCUUCAAGACCAUGAUGACUAUCGUGAGGAUGGAAGGUGUAAGGGCACUCUAUUCUGGUUUGACCCCCACCAUGAUCCGCGCGUUCCCCGCCAACGGAGCCCUGUUCCUGGGGUAUGAGGCCAGCCGUAAGUUCAUGAUGAAACAGUUUGACAGCUGACCUGGUCCUCCUCCGACAACGAUGUCCCCCAUCUCUUUUUUUGCCUUGUCAUUUGUUCUGGUUAACCCUACUACGUUAUGUCGUUAACCUCUUACAACACUCCAUUUCAACACUUCAAACUGGUUGAAAUGAUCUGAUUUCAACGACUUCUGGUUGUAAACGGGUUGAAAUUACGUCAUUUGCCCGCUGGGUUGGGCUUGGAACCCACACUCCUCAGAGUGAAGCAUUGUGGCUAAUAAUAUGUUUUUAGGUACUUGAUUUAAAUGUGAAUAUACACUGAGUGUACAAAACAUUAGGAACCUAUUUGCCCUCAGAACAGCCUCAAUUCAUCAGGGAAUGGAC